UCGGGUGACGUUUCCAAGUAGUUCUUUGCUAGGUCCUGCGAAAGAAGGUUUUAAGAAUCGAAAGAUCAAAUUGUACAAAUGGCUAGCCAAACCCAAGGCAUACAGCAACUACUGGCAGCGGAAAAACGUGCCGCGGAAAAAGUGGGCGAAGCAAGAAAACGAAAGCAGCGACGCUUGAAGCAGGCCAAAGAAGAAGCUCAGGAAGAAAUUGAACGCUAUCGUCAGGAACGAGAAAGACAGUUCAAAGAGUUUGAAGCGAAGCACAUGGGAAGUCGUGAAGGUGUUGCUGCCAAGAUUGAUGCUGACACCGUUAGAAAGAUCGAAGAAAUGAACAGAUCAAUUUCGGUCAAUAAGGCUGCCUUGUUGAGCGAAAUUCUCACUCUAGUGUACGAUAUCAAACCGAUGCUUCAUAAGAACUUCCAGUACAUGAAGGCCAAGUAAACAAGAGAAAUGGGUACGAUCCAGUAACAAUUGCUCGUUUUAACGGUUAACUGUGCGUAAUGGUCAUGUUAUGUUACAGCAGUAAUUUGAAGCCAGUGUGUUAACCCGAAAAUGGAAGUAAGGGCAAAUGGAAAUCCAGUUGAAGUACGGCCGCAGUUUAACAAAACACUAUUAGACAUAGUUUCGAGGUUCAGCCGAUGACGUGCAACUGUAAAUAAUUAUGUAAUUGAUUUAUUUUUCUCUCUACUUGCGAUAAGUUACAGUUUUGCUUGCACGAUUGCCAUGUUGUGCAAUUUUCAAGGCCUUUCCUCCUCAAUUGCUCAUUGUUAUUAAUAUUGUUUUCGUCAUAUUGUCAGUUAUAAUGCGCCAAACAACAAACUAAACAACCCUGAUACAAUUUUAUUUUCGUUAAAAGUAUCAAGAUACAGUGUUCGAUGCAUAUUGAACUCAUUUUUCAUUUUAAGUUUGAUCAUAUUUGAAAUGUGGUUUUGAAAUUGAUAAUAUGUUCGUUAAUCUGCUUAUCCAUUCAAUUGCAUUGGGUCAGGUCAUUCGUUUGUGUUAUUUCGGUUACUAGUUCAAAAUUUACACCACCAGACGCAACACCAGACAAUAUUAGCCAGCACUGGCUCGAUAUGGAGAGCUUAAGAGAUCAUAACAAUGUUUAAGCAUAACGCAGCAUACUAUUUGUUUGAGUUAAUGCAAAACUAAAGCUUGGUGAUCGCGAUGGAUGGUAGAUAAAUCUAAGAAUGUGUCGAGAAAAAAAAAUUUCUACCGCACGUGUCUAUAGGAUUUGUUGAAGUUUAUCUAUUGCGGAAACUUAUCACUUGCUUCGUGUUUAGUGGCAUCAUUCUCACUUUCGUUGAACGUUAAAUCGGUUAAACGGCUAAAUCUUAAACUAACACGAAUCUCUAAUCUUUGUAUAGUGUUAGCUUUUGUCAUUUUUUAAUGACUAAAGGCGAGCUUCGCUGAUUGAUUUUUUGGAAAUAAAAGCAAAUGUUCAUUACAUCCCACAGUUACAAUUGAAAUUUGAAUAUAAAUACCGCUAAGUCCGUUUAUUUAAGAAAAACCUACAAAGUUGAAUCAUUUCUACGCUAUAGAGUGUUCCCUAGCAAUGGAAAACAAUGGAACUACAACCACUCUCUACAAAGACGAAAGAGAAAGAAGAGUACAGUGUGAACAAAUUAACUUGUGUACUUUUUCAUUUGGUUAUAAAAAACGGCUGA